AUGGAAAUCUACGGCAUGCUGGGGGAAAAGCUGGGGACGAUAGGCAAGGACAAGGCGCAAGACCAUGGCCAACCAGAAGAACAAAAGCUCCCCCAAUGGAAGCAAGAUUUCCUGCAGAAACCAUCCAUAUCGUCGAGAAAUGGCAUCGCUUGGGGCUACGGCACACCCUACGAAGACACAGAUACCCUCGUGCUUACCUCUACCAAAUCGGACUUCAUCGACAUCAGAUUCCCCCGCAAGCGAGAGUUGGGCAAGCCCAUAGCAUCAGAACCAUCAUUCUGGGCGUUCUUCGGAACUUCCAGCACGACUUUCGCCGGCCUCGAUGGCGAUGGCAUUGAAAUGCCGUACUCGGCGCACUGCGUGUGGAAACACGAGAUCGAUUCGAAAGGACCCGGCAUCUGCGACGAGGGUGAUAUGUUCCUCCUCCCAAACGGGGACUGCAUGGAGGUCGGCAUGAUGCAGAAUCCCCAAUCAGGCAACCUCGAAAUGUACAAGGAAUACUGGAUAAGUCCGGAUGGUGCUGGAGGGCGAGAACUCGAGCUCUUCCCCUGCACCGUCGCAAAGAUUAUACGAAUGCCGAACGCGAAGGAUCACGAGGGAGCAGCCCCCUCGCUACAAAACGGGAACGGAGGUACCAUCAUUCGAAUAGGCAACUAUUGCCAAGGCAUUGCGCGUCAACCUCCCGCGGCAGACGCAGUCUUGGUCGAGAGAUGGACCAGAGGUAUCUUUGAAGCAGAAGCGGACCGCAACUCGAGCACUACUGCAGGUGCUGAACAGCCCAUAGCAGCGAGCACGGGCUGGGUCCAGGAUUGGCGUAACAACACUCCCUCUGAUACUGGGGUCUCGAUGCCCUGUAUGUGGGUUUGCGACGACAAUAGGAAGCUUGGGGACCAGAUUGGGGUCGAAGGAGCCACUUGGGAAGUGGUGGAAGCUGUCCUUAAAAAACGAUGA